CCGUUAGGGCAAACGGUCCCUGCAGCACAGGAAGACGAGCAGCCAAGAUCUGUAAUGACACAGACAGAACUUGUUCUAGGAGACUGCACAAAAUCCAUAGUAAGUUUAGGGCAACAAAACCCUGCAAAACAGGACGAUGAGGGGACAAUAUCAGCUAUGGCACCACAGACAGAAGACAUUGGAACGACACCAGACCAUCAGAAGAAGACAAGGAGAGUUGGGUUCUGUGAUGCAGAAGCAGUUGAGAGUCCUGAACCAAAGAAGGCAGAAGACACCAAAGAGGUCAAUUUGAUGGAUAUGGAAGGUGGAAAGGAAGAUGCCACCAGUAGCACCACAGAUGGUGCAGAGAAACCCUUGAUUUGUAGGCAUAAAACACCCAAAACUAUGAAAUGUGCCCACGUUUUCGCAAUGCGGAUUCCAGAGAUAAGCUCAACUGCUGAUUGCAAAAAAACUUCUAGUCCGUGUCACGCCUGUACAGACUGCGUAGACAAUUACAAGAACUCUUCCAAAGAUGAUAAAGAACGAGAGAAGAAAAAUGAAAAAGGGGACUCAUUGCCAUGCACGGACAGCGUCUCCCCCGACUCCAAGUCGAGUGGCGCUAAAAAUGAUUCUGAGAAGUCUAAAGAGACAGACUCAUCAGAAAAGAAAGACGUAGAGGGACCAUCUGAAAACGCCCAGGUGAAUGUGAGCAUUUCCGUAACCAGCGACCCAAAGAGCUGCAUCACAAGAACGACGAAUGCUGGACAAGAGGAAUGCAAUGAAGACCCCACCAAGGUGAGCGAGAAGAGCAACAAGGAAAAGGAUGGCGGGCAAAGUAGUCGCAACAGCUGUGAAGAUCCGGAUGCGACCUUGUGCUAUCCAGAUAUUAGAAAACCACCUGAGUGCAUCAUGCGGCUCAGUGAUGAUGGACUCUACAACAACGACCAAAAAAAGAAAAGCGAAUUACAGAGCCAGGUAAAGGUGGAGAAUGACGAUUUACAAAAGGCAACACCUGCCUUCUUCAUCGAACAUCAACAGCUUCAAGGACCUUCAAAGGGUGUCCAGAAGAAGGUCCAAAUGGAAAUGGUUGAAAGGGUGGACAUUGAGAAAGGAGAACCAGAGUCCAAGCCUUUAAUAAGAAAUCAUCGUUCCAUGUCAGCAGAUGAAGAGUCCGUGUACAGGGGCCAAAUGUGCUGUCGAUUGGAGAGAAGCUGUGUGCAAGCAGUGGGGUCCUUCCUCGUCUCCAUAAUAGUUUUCCCACCUUUAAUAUACGCGGCGUAUGCUUGGCUGCCUUUCGAUGCCCCCGUGAUGCCAGAUAUCCCCACCAGGCUCGUCUACACCUUACGAUGCGGGGCUUUUGCUUCAUUCCCCAUCGUGCUGGGUGUGAUUAUCCAUGGAAUAUCUCGCCUCUGCGUCACCUCCUUCGACCCCUUUAAACCCAAGGAGAGGGAAGUGAAAAUCCACCGCCAUUUUGUGAAGCAGACCACCUUCCUGUUUGUUCUGUAUUUCUUUAACAUGGCCGUCCUGUCCACGUACCUCCCGCAGGGUUACCUGAAGUUAAUUCCCCUCCUGACCUGCGUCUUCGCCCUGUCGCAGCUCAUUUACUGGCUAUCCUUCGCAGUGGGCCGAUCGUUCCGCGGUUUCGGAUACGGCCUGAUGUUCCUGCCUCUUCUCAUCAUGCUGUCCUGUAACCUCUGUUUUAUUUUCCUCGUGGACCCGGAGAAGAUGGUUCCUCUGGGGACACCUAAAGAAGGAGUCAAGUCUGGACCUUAAAAAAAAAAAACUAAGCCCUGGCUGUUGAAAGCCUUGGAAUUUUAUCCCGGAUGCCUACCAUCAUCACCCUGUGCUUUAAACUGGCAAGUGGGCUGUGAUUGGCUAAGAUACGUCACGUGGCUAGACAGCCAUCUUUAGAUAAAAAACACAUAACAUGUC